AUAAAACCUCCCUCCUUCUUGUGACUGACACUCAAUCUCCCGGGUCCUUUCGCCCCAGUAUAGAAUCUUGACAACCCAACAUGAAGGCUUUGCUGCUGCUGUUGACGGUUUCCGUGGUGUUCGCGGCCAGGCGAUUCGAUGGAGAACAAGUUCUGCGCAUCCAUCCGGAGCACGAGGGGCAUCUGGAGAAGCUGGUGCGGCUGGAGAGGUCCGAGCGAUCGCUUGACUUCUGGAAAGGCCCGACCAGCCUGUCCCGUCCCGUGGAUGUGCGCGUGCCCAAGGAUCUCCUCAAGAAAGUGAAGACCAUGUUGGAGAACACUGGCAUGAAGUAUACGGUGAUGGUUAAUGACCUUCAACAGAGCAUCAGCAUGGAGAGAUCGCGCCACACUCGCUCCGCAGGCUUCAACUUCGACGACUACAACACCUAUGAUGAAAUCGUGGAUCAGCUGGAAGAUUUCGCGGAGAGCUAUCCCAAUCUAACGUCCGUCUUCAGCAUUGGAGCCUCGUCCGAGAAACUAUAUAUCUAUGGCAUCAAGGUGGGGGCCGCUGGAAGCAACAAGCCCGCCGUUUUCCUGGAGGGACAGCUCCACGCCCGGGACUGGAUCGUGUCUGCCACUCUGAUGUACAACAUCAAGUUCUUACUGGAGGGCUAUGGCAGUGACAACCAGACCACCACCCUUAUGGACCAGGUAGACUUCUACUUCAUCCCGGUGACCAACGUUGACGGAUACGUCUACACUUACGAAAUAUGCUUUGGAGUCGACGCCAACCGGAACUGGGACGAAGUUGAUGCCGUUUGGCAACAUUUCGAUAGCUCCAGCAGUGACCCCUGCUCUGAUGACUACCUCGGACCGUACUCCUUCUCUGAGCCCGAGACAGAGGCGGUGUCCGACUGGGUCCUGACGAACAGCAACGACGUGAAGGCUUACCUGAGCGUGCAAGCCUACGGCGAGAAGUGGAUGACUCCUUACGGCUGGACCACCGGUGCACAGCAGCUACCGCCUGACCAGGAGCAGUUUCACCUUGCUAAUAGGGCAGCCGGGGCGUCAUUCAGUGUUGGGACUAUCGCCGAACUCAGCGGCAUGGCGGCAGGAUCCAGCUGUGAUUGGGCUUACACCGUGGCUGGAAUCAAGUAUUCCUACGCCAUCGAGCUCCGUGACAUGUGGGACGGCUACGUCCUACCUGCCGACCAAAUCCGACCUUCCGCCGACGAGUUCUUCGCAGGGCUUCUGGUCGUGGCCGAGCAGGUAGCGGUUGAGUACUGACUUUCCAUCGGCUUCAUCACGACAAAUCUGAUAUGAUCUAUAGUAAGUGAGUCGAUAAAGAUUAUUGCUAUGGCGACGUUUUUAUCGUUUAUGAAUGAUUUUUGGUGUGUUUUAGUAUUCGUGUUCUAUCUCUGAAGAUUGUUUUACGCGAUGAAUGUUUGUAGGGCAUUGCUGUCAAAAAUAGCGAUCUCUUAUGAGUGACUAGUGACCUAUUGUAAUAUUUUUAUUGAUUAUAAAAAUAAUGUCCUCGUUUGGAUAAAUUAUAUUAGUUGAUUAUCUUUAGCUUAAUAACAAUAUGCUCAAUGUAUGAAAGUCUUAGCAAAGAAACGUAUUGUAGCAUUUUCUCACAGUAUGUAAUUGUAGCAUUUUCUCAUGAAUUAUGUAAAUGAGACCCUAAUUUGCAUGAUUUAUGUGAUUGAUGAUGUUCCACUUAACAUAACUAGUCUCAUUGCUGAUUUUCAGUUACCCAUGUAGAUAUCGGCAACGAGCAGACAGAAUGAAUUGUGAAGUGUUUAAAAAAUGAUUGAGCUUGUAUUUUUCUACAGUCAAUGGUACGUCUACCAGACAGACAGUUGUCAAGCACGAACUCCAUCCAGUUUUAAGACCAGUCCUGAAAUGUAAUAAAAUUAUACAAGAUAUCUUU